GAUGAACAUCCAAUAAUUUCCAAAUUAUUAUCCUUAUGUCUUAGAACCUUAAGUACAAUAUUAAGCAGAGAUCGAACAACAAAGUAUGUUAAUAAUAAAUUAUUAAUUCAGAAUUAAGCUCCAGUUCAAAUUACAAUGAGUAUAACUUUAUCCAUUAGAAUUUUCAUCCAUCUGCAUACCCUCAAUAUUAAUUUGAGUAUGUUUAAGAGCAUGAAAUCCCAAGUUAAAUAAAGAAUAAAAAAAUUAAAAAGAAUAAGUAAUUAAAUUAUAUAUUGCAAACAGGACUAACGAUUAAUAAGGGUUGUUACCGAAAACCCUUGAAUCAUAAAAACAAGUUGUUGAAGAUCUUUAAUAAAUAGCUUAAUAAGGGGAAUAGAUGUAAAAUAUAAAAUUAAUUUCAUUCAAGAUUAAAGCCUAUAACUCCUUAUACAGUUCUACAUUUUACAUAGGGAAGUCCUAUGCCUAAGCUAUAGUCAGAUUUAGUUUCUAAUCAAAAUAAUGAAGGAGCAGUAUCAUAGGAGGGUUCUCAAUAAACAUAAAAGGAGAAAGGAUAGAAUCAAUUAACAAAGAAACCUAAAAAAGACAAUAUAAAUACUGGACAUUGGUCAACUGAUGAACAUACAACUUAUAUCUAAUUUCUACAAUAGUAUGAGAAUAUUAUGACAUCUUCUAUGAUGAAGAAAACAUCUAAGAUAUUCAAAUAGAUGAGUGAAUUGAUUGGAACAAGAACUCCUAGUUAAUGUAGAAGUCAUCAUUAGAAAUUUAAUCCUUAUGCAUUGAGAGGAGAAAAUGGGAAACGUUUACCAAGAAGUGAAAGGAGUAGAGCAGGUAGAAAAAAGAAGAACCCAUAAUCUGAUUUGCCUAAGGCAGGUAAUUAAUAUAAAUGAAUAAAAGAGGAAGCAAAUUUAAUUUUAAAUUAUGAAGCUGCCGAUCCUUACUAUUUAAUGCUUUUAGAACAAUAGAAAUACUAUUAUGCAGGUUUACAUUAAGAUUAUUGGAAUUAAGGAUAAGAAAUAGAAUAGUACUAGAAUAUAAAGAAAGAGGAAGAAGUUGAUCACUUAAAUCAUGUAUAAAUGUAAUAGCCAGAAUUUGAUGAAUAUUUAAAAUAUAGUUUUUAAAGGAACUUUAAUCAUUAGGAUUACAAUUUUGAAGUUAGAAAUUAAACGAUAAACGAUUUAUUAUUAUGA